AUGUUCAAUCGUUUCAUUCUUCUUUACUACUUGAUUUGUAAAAGUGUUUGUUUUGACAAAGAUUUGGCAGAUUAUCUAGCCUUUACAACUGAAACUUUAAUUUCUGGAAACUCGACUGAACCAACAAGCGCAUCACUUCCAACAGCAGUUCAAACGACAACAACAGCUCCACUGAUUAGCUGUUGGUAUGACACAAACACUGAACCGUAUCACUCAAAUUCAGCGGAAUCACUUCAAUGUUUGUGUGGAGACACCUGCAUAACAGGAGUUAUUGUAAGU